AUGGUUCACCUUACUUCUGCUGUUGCCGUCGGCAUUCUGGGUCUGACCAGCGUUGUGUCCGCUCAUCCCGGCCAUGAUCACACCGCUGAAGCUGCUGAGCGCGCAGCCUUUGUCAAGAGCUCGUCCCUUCAGUCUCGCAGCCUUGCCAAUUGUGCUUCGAACCUCAAGGCUCGUGGUAUUGAGAACAAGAAUGUGGCUCGUCGUCAGGCUGCUGUUAAGCAUCUUCGUCGUCGUCGUGGAAUCGACACCCAUGCCCACUUCAACAAGGCUCGUUCCCUCGAUAGUGUGCUCAACACAGACCACCACUCCAACCUGACUCAUGUGGACAUGUCCACCGACUCUAGCAUCCUCUUUGGCUCUGAGGCAACCUGCAUUUUGGGUCCUGAUGUUACCCAGGGACCGUACUACGUCACCGGUGAAUUGAUCCGCGAGAAUGUUGUCGAGGACCAGGAAGGUGUCCCCCUGUACAUGGACAUCCAAUUGAUCGACACCAACACCUGCAACCCUCUCCCUAAUGUCUACAUGGAUAUCUGGCACUGUAACUCCACUGGCGUCUACUCAGGUGUUCAGGCCAACGGUAACGGCAACUCUGGCGACGCCAACAACCUCGACGCAACCUUCCUCCGCGGCAUCCAGGCCUCCAACGCUGACGGCAUCGUCCAGUUCACCUCGAUCUUCCCCGGUCACUACACCGGCCGCGCAACCCACAUCCACGUCCUCACGCACGCUGCGAACGACACCUCCGUGCAGGCAAACUCAACCCUCUCUGACCUCUACACCGCGCACUCGUCCCACGUCGGUCAACUCUUCUUCGACCAAGACCUGAUCUCCGCCGUCGAGGAAACCUCCCCGUAUUCCACCAACACCCAAGAUCUGACUACCAAUGCUGAUGAUUCGAUCCUGUCCGAGGAGGCGGAUACCAUCGAUCCGUUCAUGGAGUACGUCUACCUUGGGGAUGAUGUGAGUGAUGGUAUUUUCGCUUGGAUCGCCGUUGGAAUCGAUUCGACCGAGGAUAGUGAUAUCACCCCUGCUGCGUAUUACACCGAGGAGGGCGGCGUUGAGAAUGAGAACAGUGGCGGUAUGGGUGGUGGAGGUGGCAUGCCGCCUGGUUUCUCUUCCUCCGGCACUUCUAGUGCUGCUGCUACGAAGAGUACUGCUUAA